AUGCACUGCUACGAGCACCCGGAGCACUCCGAGUGCCGUGGCCUCUGCCGUCGCCAAGCGGAGAUGAAAAACGUGGAGCGCGUGCAGCUGCGUGCAUCCGGACGAUAUCGUAGUCCCCGACAUGUGGAUGACUUUGAGAUACAGCAAGCCAUCGCGGGCCGAGAGAAGCCGCCGCCCGUGAAGUGUACCUUCAGGGCCUGCAAAGAAGCUGACAUGCGAAACCAUUUGAAGGACUUGGCUCAGAUGGUGCCAUGGGGCACCAGUGGAAGGGCACACAAGGGCCGAGGUGGACUGUUGCAACAUGGCCGGGGGGGCUCAGUCAGAUGCAUGGCGCAUCAUGCGCCGCAUGGCGUAGCCUGCGCGGCCCACCUGGCGGUGCUGCUGACGACCGCUGUGGCAGAUGGUCCGGGGGCAGCCGUGCCCGGAUUUGUGGCGAACGAGCACUUCAGCCUCAAUGGGGCCAGUGCCACCAAGGUCUCCGCGGGCUGUUGGAAGGUCAUUGAGAUUGGGACGUGGUUUGACAGUGGAUCACGUCAUGCCACGAUUCGUGUGGACUCGGUGUCCCAAGAUCAAGCCCCCGGGGUUAGCUUGGCCCUUGGCGUCCUCUACGGCAGUCUGGAGGGCCGGGUGAACGACGCAGCCAUGUCCAAAGUGACAUGUGGAUCCUCCGGAAGCAGCGAAGUUCAUUGGAGUGUCCGCUAUGGCCAUAGUCAAGGAAAGGAAUAUUUGGGAAACAAAUGGGGCUCCUUUGGGCCUCGGCUUUUCAACGGUGACGUGGUCUCCAUGUUGGCCGAUGUUGGGCUACAGCGGGUGGGCUUCGCCGUGAACGGCGCCUGCUACGGGGCACUGAGUUUUGAAGCCUCGCGAGUGGUGCUGGCCGCAGCGAUGUCGAUGAAGGACACCAUCUCACUGAAUCAGACCGCCACUGAGGAUCUCCCUGCUUGCCUCUUCCAGUUGUCGGCCACUGAGAGUGCCAGUGCUGUGAGUGGAGUUCCGCUGCUCACCAUGAGCAUCCUGCUGCCAGUCAUUCUUGCGGUGACGGCCUACGGUUGAUGAUUUUUCUUCCGGCCCUCCGGGACUCAAACGUGGCGGAAAAUCCACCAUUUGGUGGAUCACUUUCCUCGGGAAACCGUGGGUGUUCCACAUCUAUGCGAAUUAGUUUGCAUUAAUUUACCCUACAAUAGUUGUCAAUGAAAAAUCCUCAAGGCAGUCAUGAUGAGGUUGUAAGGUGAAAAAACAGUGUUUCCUGUCCGCCAGUUUACACGAAAAAUAUGAAAAAGUCACUCUGGGUAAAGUUGACGACCUUAAGUGCCACCGGCUGCCACAACUUUCCAUAAUAAUGAUAGAUUUGGUCUAUAUGGAUUGAUUCAAGGGACCAUCCAGCAAUUGGAUUGUUGCAAUUUCUGCGAAGCCAAAGGCGCAACGUAUCGAAGGUUUCACUGCUGCUCCAUGCAGAAGUCCAUGCGUGGGGAGCCUUGCAGGACAAAAAGCUCGGCCAGGGUCGGGCAGGGUGGCGAUUUCACUUUGCCGCCACCGAUGUGUUGGUGUGUCUGAACAUGGAAUAUAUCUGACCAAUGGCAAGUUUUUUGUGGCAGAAUGACGAGCAACCAAUGGAUUUAGGGGCAUCCUAAAUCGGAUGUUGACAUGAGCUGGCGAGAACAUACCAGAAAUAACUUCACAUUCCGCACAGUUGCAGCACAACAAGAACGAGGCAGAGCCGGUUAAAA